AUGUAUAAGUUGGAACUUCCAAAAGUACAGGGAAAGCUGUUACGAGGAUCCUCAUAUGGUUGGGUACUCAUGAUUGACGGGUAUCCAGAGUUAAAUCUAAUCAAUCCACUCACAAGAGCUCAAAUCCAACUACCUCCAAUAGACACAUUUCCUGAUGUAUUAGGAUACCGUCCAUAUAGGGCUGAUGAAGAAUAUUUAAUUUUGAGAGUAAGACCAAACUUACCUAAACCAGCAAAAUUACAGGUUGAAAGCAUAGCAUACGUAAGAGAUGUUUUCAUACAUAAGCUUGUGUUGUCAUCAAACCCUACUACUUCCAAAGAGUACAUGGCAAUGGCCAUCUACGGUAUGGUUUUAGAUUUAGCUUUCUGCAAAAAGGGGGACAAGAAAUGGACUCUUAUUCAACAAAAUGAUCAACAUACAAAUCAUGAUAUAAUUUCCCAUAAGGGGAAGUUCUAUGUAUUACGUAAUGAUGGAGGAUUGUGGGUUGGUGACCGUACUUCCUUGCCAAAUAUGACACAGCUUGUACCAUCUCUUCCAAGGACUAUUCUCAAUUAUUUUUCUUUGGUGAUAACGAUAUCCGGUGAGUUUUUUAUGGUUAGAAAGAUUCACGAACUGGAACCAAUUUCUCGUAUUGACCAUAUUUAUUCCUACAAAACGAUUGACUUUGUGGUUUAUAAACUAGAUCAUCAUCAAGGAGAGUUGAAAUGGAGAAUCGAAAAGAACAUUGGAGAUAAUGUAUUCUUUGUGGGAAUAAAUGAUUCCUUGUGUAUCUCAUCUCAAAACCUUGCUAGAUAUAAGGGGAAUUGUAUUUACUUUACUGAUGACUACUUUGAUUGCCAUCGAGAAGGCAUUGUAGGAGGUCAUGACAUAUAUGGGCGUUUACAACGUGGAGGAUAG